GGACAUCGGUUCUGGCUCGCCGCAGUGGGUUUUCUGAAGGCUGUGGCGCGGGCCGCAUGCCAACACCGAUUGAGACCUUGUGAGACCCUAUUAAUACAACAGACAUCGAUACAUCAACAUUAUCCAAUAGACAGCAUGAGGAUCAUCUACACGUUUUGUUUAGCAAUCCUAGCUAUUGCGGAGGCUGCUCCGGGGAGGUUCGUGUUCCCGGAUCAGAGGAGACAUGAAAAGAAAUUAGAUCCAAUAACACCACCGGUUCUGCCAGUUCUGGAGCAUUUGGAAAGGGAUCCUAGUACGCUUCUGCCUGGAGAGGGUGGAAGUAGAGUACCGGCUCAAGUGAAGCCCAGGUUUGGGCAUGGUGCUUUUAACGUGAGACCCUCGGGGAAUGGAGGGUUGAGUGCUAGUAUAAGCAGCAGUGCGAGUGGUGCUGGAAUCAGUCAGUCUGCAUCUCAAUCUUUCUCAUUCGGCUUCAAUGAAGGAUUCAGCGCAUCACAUUCUGCGAGUCAAGCUGCUUCCUUUAAUGGAUUUGGAAGUUCCUUCAGUGGUAGCCAAGCCAGUAGCCAGGCAGCUUCUUUUAGCGGCGCAGGCACUUCUCUGUCCGGAGCAGCGUCCUCAGCGUCAGCCUUAGGAGGCUUCAACAGUUUUGGUGCAACUCCAGGAUACAACAGCCUUGGUGGAAGUCAGAGUGCCUCACAAGCAUUUGGCUUCAAUUCCCCAAACGCUUUCCAACCUGAUGCAUAUUCUGGCAAUGGUCUCCUAGACGUACGACAUCGUGGUGUACCUGGCUUUCCAUUUCCUGAUCUCAUCGGCAGGAGCAAGAGCCUCAACGCAGUCGCCUUUAAACGACCGCUAGCUAGAAACGACGAUUUCCUAGCUUUAUUAGUAUCUAAUUAAUUCAGCGUAUAUUAAGUUAUCUAAAAAUAAUAUUUUUUAAACUAUGGCUUCAUUCGCACUAGAAUCGCGGGAUAUUUUGCCAAGUGAACGUUUUUAUUUGUUGGACCAAUUAUAAUCUCGAGUAAUGUGUGGAGGAAACGAGAAGGAGUUUGUCGUAUGGAAUUAUGACGUAUAAAUAAAUGUAUGCGACAGAUAAAGAUGUUGACAUUCUGACAACCAGACCUAGCUGUCAUUAGAACCAUCAAGGUUACAUAACGAUUUACUAGAAGUUUAUAUAUAUAUAUAUAUAUAUAUAUAUAUCGAUAUUAUUUCAUUUGUUUGACAAUUCCAUUAUGACUAUAUAUCCUUUUUAAUACUCAUCAGUUUAAACGAUGGCUGUGUUUAUAAAGUAAUCGAUUAAAUAUAAUUAAAAAUGAAGGAAUGUUAAUGUCUUACUGGGUAAAAGCAGUUUUUUUGGUAUCACUCUUAGCAUAUGUAUAUUUUGAAUCUUCUGAUAUCGUAAAUGUAUAUUGAAUUAGCUAUUACGUAUAUCACAUAGCUAAUCGAACAAUGUAUUUGCUGCGACUUCAGUUUUUGUUGAAUGUUGACUGACAAACUAUUUAUUUAUUAGUAUAAAAACUAGUUAAUUUGAGAAAUAAAUAAUAACAGUAAAAUA